AUGUCGAGACAAGAUGAUCCUGAUUCUGCAGCUGCUGCUCGCUCUGAGUCUGAGCUUAAGAGCAGAUGGAUAUAAUCACUACACUGUGAAAGACUGUAUCACCAGUUCGUCAGAUCUCUCAGAUUUGGAAUACAUUAAUACAUAUUAUUUUAAUAAGGACCCAUAUAUACAGUUUAACAGCACGGUGGGGGAGUUUGUAGGGUUCACUGAGUUCGGAGUGAACAAUGCAGAGCGCUGGAAUAAGGGACCUGAAGUACAGCAGGAGAGAGCCGAGCUGGAGAGAUACUGCAAACACAACCUACCAAUAUACUACUCUACUAUUCUGGAUAAAGCAGUGAAGCCGAAGAUCCGCCUUAGGUCAAUAAAGCAGGCCAGUGGUGGUCAUCCAGCAAUGCUGGUAUGCAGCGCGUAUGGCUUCUACCCACCUGUCAUCGAUGUGUACUGGCUGAUAGACGGUGAAAAGGUGACCAGUGAUGUGACCGCCACUGUGGAGAUGGCUGACGGAGACUGGUACUACCAGAUCCACUCCUUCCUGGAGUACAUGCCCACAUCUGGAGAGAAGAUCUCCUGUGUGGUGGAGCACACCAGCUCCAAGGAGCCCAUCAUCGUUGAGUGGGAGGGUUCUUUUACUAAUUCUGAUAUGGCUAAGAUUAUCGUGGGAGCUUCAGGGUUCGUGUUGGGGAUCAUCCUGUCCACUGCUGGGUUCCUCUACUACAAGAUGAAAUCUCCAGAUUUCCUGUGAAGUAACGGUUCUUCUGUUGAUAGUGGGGUCAUCUUUAACGUCAGGUGGUGAAGCACUGAAGUCUAUAAUACAGCUUUAAUUACCUGCAUUGUGUUUAUAGAAUUCAUUUAAAAUAUCCGUUUCAUUGAACAUCAGUGUUUGCUUAAACAUGAGCUGAUAGGUUGCUUUGUGGAGGCUUCUUUGUUAGAUUGUUUUGGGUCAACAGAUGUACUUGGACUUGAUAUCAUCCCAAUUUAAAUGAAAACGGUCACUUAGGUCUUCUACAGCUUUUGUAUGAAGAGGCCAUUUUAAUGUCCAGGGAGAUUCACUCGAAAGAGGCCCCAGAUAUCCCGUAAUAGUUCACUCUAGGAUGAAGCAAUCUGAACUAAACAUGAGCUCCUCAGUAUAUGGACCUUCGAACAAGCUGAGAUGCCCCUGCGUCGGAGCGGUGAGGUGGGCACAGGACAGCCGUUAUGAUGUUUAACCUUUACAACUUCCAGGUACAGGGGUACCCCAUGUACCCCUUCAUGUGUCUGGAAGAAAACGUAGAUCACUUCAAGGCAUCACAUGUAAUGCAAUCAGUUGUUUUGGUUCAGAUUCCUUCAUCUUAAUGGGAGUUAGAACAGAAUAUUCGGGGCCUCUUUCAAGUGAAUCUCCCUGGACAUAUUCAAGCCUCAAAUAUUCUGUUUGUAUACUAAAAAAUACAACAACGAAACAAACAGGCAAAAAAAUAGACCUAUGUCUAUGUAAUUCAUGCCGUAUCAGGUUCAGGUUUAGCUUUAUCAACCACUGCAGCAGAUGGCUUUUCAGUGGUGUUGUGAUCAGUGUGUGUAACAUUACUGAAUCGGUUGUAAACCGGCUGUUGAUUUUGUGUGGAUUUUUCUGCCACUAAUAAACAAAUUUCUUAAAGA